AUGAAUAACACCACAGUGAACCUCACCACGCCUGAAGCAUUCACAAACUCCACAAGUCUUUCUAUUGAGAUAAUGGCCACGCUGGAAAUCUGUGUGGGGAUCAUCAACUUCCUGUUUGGUCUUCCUGCACACUCGUAUGUUAUUUGGUUCAUCGUCACAGGAACACAAAGUGGAAUUGCAUCAGGAUUCUUCAACCUCAAUCUCUCUGUUUGUGAGAUUGGUAACUGUCUGAAUAGUUUCUUCUUUGUAAUGGAUUCUUUUCACUCGUUUUCUAGUCUCGAGGGUUUAACAAACUUCAUUUUGGGUCUAGCCAUCACUGGUCGUCCUCUGUUUCAGUGUGUGAUCUGUGUUGAGCGUUAUCUGGCAGUGGUUCAUCCUGUAACCUUUCUGAAGUUCAAACCUCUCAGAUAUAGAGUGAUGUGUUCCACUGCUGCCUGGAUUAUUAGUUUGGGCUCCUGUUUUAGUAUGUUUAGUGUAAAAUCACAAAACCAAUAUAUUAGUGUAUGGUUCUUCUUGGUGCAGUUCGUAAUAUUUAUCUCUGUUCAGUUGUUCUGCUGUUUGGCUGUUCUCAGAGCUCUGAAGCAGUCAGGACCAGGAGAGAGAGGGAGAGAGAGAGGGAGAGAGAGAGGGAGAGAGAGAGGGGAGGAAAACCACAUGAAGAGAAGAGCGUUUUAUCUCAUUCUGAUAAUCACUGUGAGCACGGUUGUCAUAUAUGCACCAUUUAUUAUCUCAGGCAAACGUCUGGCAUCAGGAUUGGUGUGUGGCACCCUGAACCUAGGAACCAAUCAUCAAGCCGCGAUUGCUCAGGGGAGCCUGGAGGGUUCUAGUCAGCUCUGUGUCAGCCUCAGUCUGGGCAGGCAGACCCAAAGGUGGCAGCCCAGUCAAGUCAUCGGCGUCCAACAUCGCAGUGCACUCUCCGUUGCAGAGAUCGAAGACUCAUCCUACUCGCAGGCCCCAAAAAAGACAUCACGCUGGCUGUGA